AUGACCAGGGCGGCCCCUGGAGUAGCCGUUUCGCUGGCCAUAGCCAGACUUCAUGAUCUUCUCCACUGGUACAAAGACGUCAUCGUCUAUCCAAAUUUAACAGAUCAAAUCUCUGACUCCAUAAGCAAUCUCCAGUGGAUCCUGAACACCAGGAUGAACGCCGAGCUCAGCGAUGACUGCAGACAAAGCCUUCGGAUUUUGGCUGAUAAAGCUAAGGAAAUGGAAGAAUGCCUUGUUGAAUGGUUCGGAGAUCAGACGCCAAAAUUGCAGAAGGGUUGUGUCGCCAAGGUGUUUGCUUCAGUUCGGCUCUUCUCAGUGACGAACCGAGCUCGCCACUGGGAAGGGAUGGCCAAGGAUUUCAUGACGAGAGUGCUUGUGGACCGGUUGACUGAUGGCGAGUCCAACCUUCGGGUGAUCUCGGUGGUUGGCAAACAACACUGUGGCAAGACCGCAGUGGUGAGAAGUGUCUUCAACAUGCCGAAAAUCAAGCAGCACUUUGACCGUCGCUUGGCUUCAUGUCACGUGCCCCGGGGCGGAGUCCUACUGGAAGCAGAGCCUCCUGGUGGACAUACUGAAGCAGACAGCGGUCCGAGAUCCGCCAAAGACUUGGAGCACAAGGACGAGGAGCAGCUGUGUGAGAUGCUUCAUAAAUCGUUGAUGGAGCAGAGGUACUUGAUAGUUUUGGAUAACUGGGGCGAUGCUGAACUCUUCAGCGAGCUCUUGAUCCCAUUCGUAGACUCAAAGAACGGAAGCAGAGUAAUUGUCACAACUCAUGCGGAAAUGCACAACUAUGCAGACCCUUGGACGCCUGAUCUCCACUUUCUCCCUGACUUGACCAAUAAAGAGUGCGAGGAUUUGCUGCAUGUAAGCAUCACUGGAGGAGGUAACUCCAUUGAUGACGAUUCGCAAUUGAAGAUGACCAUCAAAGAGGAAAUUUUGAGCAAAUGCAAUGGUUCUCCUCCGGCUAUCUCAUUGCUAGGAGGACUUUUGUCCACAGUGAAAGUGAGCAACCAGGCGUCCCUCAUCAAGCAGCUCAAAGAUCGUCCCACCCUAGAAGAUAUCAUGCGCUUGAGCUUCGACGAGUUGCCUAGUAUAAUGAAGCUAUGUGUUCUUUACAUGGCUCUCUAUCCUGAGGAGUCCGAGGUCCCUACAAGGAGGCUUUUCCGGCAAUGGGCUACUGAGUGGUUAUUGGCAGAGGCUGCUAACGGGUUGGAACGAUCGCUGUCGGCAGAGGACUGCUUUCGCCAAUUAGAGAGAAGGAACUUAAUCUGCGUGGUACGGCAAAAACCGGAUGGUAGCGCCCAAUCAUGUCGCAUGCCUGCUUUUCUUCAUGAAUUUUUUCGUCAGAAAGCAAAAGAAUUCGGACUUCUUAGGAUAAAGGAAGAAACAAGGGUCACGGGCCCCAACCCCAAGCAGAGUGCCCAGCAUCAACAGGUGCGAGGGCAAACCCCAGCGGAAGGACAUUAUAGUUGCCAGGUCCAUUGCCUUCGGUCUUUUGCCUUGUUUAACACCAGUAAGCUUGAGACCCAAGGGAGAGACAUCGUAGUUCUUGAUGCAUCACAAAAUCUUCUUAAACCAAAACUUUUAGACAGACGCCUGUAUUUGCUAAGGGUAAUUGAUCUCGAGGGUGUUUACAAGCCUGUGCUCCCUGAGAACUUUGGAAAUAUACUGUCGAACCUAAGGUAUUUGGGAUUGAGAUGGACGAUUCUGGAUUCCAUUCCGGAAUCAGUAGGGAAUCUGUUGCUCCUGGAAACAUUAGAUCUGAAGCACACCAACAUAACCAAAAAACUGGGAUCGCUCCCUCCCUCCCUCAUGGAGCUCAACCUUGGCUUCUCUCUUGACCUCGAAACUCCUCCUCCGCCUCCUUUAAACGUGAAAGGCUUCUUCUACAAUCUCCUCCACAGCCGUAGCCCCGACAUUCUCGAUGAUGACCACGCCUUCACCAUCGAAGGUUCCUCAUCGAAUCCUUUCUCGCGGGUGGUCUGGACCCCACAGCUCGAACCUUCAUUUCCUCACCCAUGCCCUGAUUCUAACCCAGCCGCAACGCUCCCCAGAGAGUUCGACCUCUGUGCACCUCUGCUGCCACCGACCCCUCCUCCUCCGUCCAUGGAAACCUCACCAGAGAGCAGCGACGGCAUAGCGGCACAUGGCCAGCUCGAGUUCAAGAGCCUCUUUCACUACGGUCCAGUGGAUCAACGUCCUUAUCACGAUCCGGUUACAGAGGACCGCCAGGUCGUGCCUUUGCUCGACUUAAAUGACCUUGGAUCACUGAACGAGAGGCUCGGUGAGGAGGCCGGUGUGAGCUCAGACCACCAAUGGGGUCGUGAGCGGGACGAUGGUCGUCAUGAUCGGAGGAAGAGAGGUGGCAACGGGUUUGCCGCAGCAGCAGUUGAAGCAGAAGACGGAGAAAAAUAA